AUGGCUCACUCUCACUCACACGACGCUGGCAUUAGCCACUCCCACGAUGACCCUUUCAACGGCCAUGGCCACUCCCACGAUAUCCUCGAUGGUCCCGGGUCAUACCUCAACCGCGAGAUGCCGCUGAUCGAGGGCCGCGACUGGAAGGACCGCGCUUUUACGAUUGGUAUUGGAGGACCCGUCGGUUCCGGAAAGACAGCUCUCAUGCGUGCCCUCUGUCUGGCCCUCCGUGACCAAUAUAACAUUGCCGCUGUAACCAAUGAUAUUUUCACCAGGUAUGAUACUCUCGCAAUUCUGUCUCGCUUCAGCGGCCACUAUGAACUACAAUAUAGAACAUCAACUAAUAAAAUCCGUCGCACCAACAGAGAAGAUGCCGAAUUCCUUACUCGCCACAAAGCCCUCGCACCCUCUCGCAUUCGCGCCAUCGAGACCGGCGGCUGCCCACACGCUGCUGUCCGUGAAGACAUCAGUGCGAACCUGCUUGCCCUCCAGAACCUUCAGCGCCAGUUCUCAACCGACCUGCUCCUCAUCGAGUCCGGCGGUGAUAACUUGGCCGCGAACUACUCCCGCGAAUUGGCAGACUUCAUCAUUUACGUUAUUGAUGUUGCAGGCGGUGACAAGGUGCCACGCAAGGGCGGGCCCGGUAUCACAGGCUCAGACCUGCUGGUCGUGAACAAGAUUGACCUUGCCGAGGCCGUUGGUGCUGAUCUCAAGGUCAUGGAGCGGGACGCAGCCAAGAUGCGCGAGGAUGGACCCACUGUCUUUGCGGUUGUGAAGGACGGCAAGGGUCUUGACCACAUCGCUAACUUAAUUAUCAGUGCUUGGAAGGCCAGUGGUGCCUACGAGCUCAGUCUCCAGCGCUGGAAGGAGGGUGCUCCCCGUGGAUCGGGUAGUGUGGACGAGUAA